AUGAACGAAGAACAUGGCUUCAGAGGCACCGUACUACUUUUCAUCAAUUACUAUGUUACUGCAAAGAUCCUCCAUGCUGUAACACCUGCUUUUGGUCGUCUUGCAGCUGUCGAAGCCCGUCUAGAGGGAGAAUAUAGAGCUGGUGUUGGACGCGUCGGGAGAGAGAGCGAGGAGGUCGCGUUCUACGACGGCGGCGCACGCGAGCGGGAUAUCCUCACGAGAGCCUAUUUGAGGUUGAUCAAACAUGUCAAUUCAAUAUACAAGAUCCGCAUCGCAUAUGAAUGGACAGAAGGUUUUGUGAUCAAGUAUCUCUGGUCCGCAGCUGGGUACGGGCUGAUAGCUGUGCCGCUCCUCAUAACGAGGAAGCGUCAUCGUUCUUGUGUUGGGGACGGAGAUGGAGAGGGUAAGGAAGAUGGUAGGGGUGGUGAUGGACGAAAGCAGAAGGGCGAUUCGGAUCGUGUGGUUGCUGCUAGGACGGAAACAUAUAUCUCCAACCGCCGCCUUCUCCUCUCACUCACAGAUGCAGGCGGGAGACUUAUGUAUGCAUAUAAAGAUUUGCAAGAGGUUGCUGGUUUGACUGGGCGGUGCAAUUUGGACAACGACUCCGGGUUCAAAAUUCCUGGUUCAAACCGCACGUGA